GCUAGGUUACAGGCUGACAGUGCAGAGUGGUUGGUGGGUGUGCGGGAAUGCAAUUGCGUGGCCAUUUUCAUGUGGCCAGAGGAGGAGUUGUUGUCGCCUGACUCGUGCGACCUGAUUGGCUACAAAGAAUUGGGAUGGCGUUACGUCACUUCCUGCUCAGUGCUGCAUGAUGGCGGUGUCCGUGACAGAUCUGGCACAUUGACUUCGACUGGACGUGUGUACUUCACGCUUUCCGUAAUCGACUCCUGGGACGUCUGUCAGUAGGAGAUAUACACAGAAAUCGUCGUCACUUAAUCUUUAAUGAACUGACCUGCAGAUCAUGGCCCUUCAAAGAUUGUCCUUCAGACUACGACAAACGGUAACGCAUGUACGAUCCCUUCAUACCAGCGGAUGUGGCCAGCAGCAGGAGGCUGUGGCUGUAGAGUCAGAACCUGAGCCCUUCUCAGUCUUCAGAACACAUGAGAAAGAUCCAGCAUGUCAGUCAGAGAAACAUAUUGGACAAUAUUACACUAUACCCCCUGCACACAUCCGUACCGUGUUCCCUCAUGGCCUCCCCUGGCGCUAUCGACAACAGGUGAAGACAUUUAAUGAAGCCUGUGUGAUGGUGAGGCAGCCUGCACUGGAGGUCAUCUCUUACCUGAAGAAAACUGACAACAGCAAACCUGCUCUUCGAUAUCUAUUCUAUGGAUUAAAGGGCAGUGGAAAGACGAUGUCUCUCUGUCACACAGUCCACUUCUGCUAUACACAAGGAUGGCUGGUGCUGCAUAUACCUGAUGCCCACCUCUGGGUGAAGAACUGUAAGGAGCUGCUGCCUUCGUCCUAUAACACGUCUCGUUUUGACCAGCCGUUACAAGCCAUUGAAUGGUUGCGCAACUUCAGAACCACCAACGAGCAAUUCCUUUCAAAGAUAAAGACAAAGCAGCGCUAUGUGUGGACAAAGAGAGAGUUCACUGAGGAGGGAAGUCUACUAGGAGAGCUGGUGGAUCAGGGUAUAUCUCGCGCAAAGAGCAGCAGCGAUGUGGUGGGGGCGGUGAUGAAGGAGCUGAGGCAGCAAAGCGGGCAGCCAGGGUCAGACUUUCGCCUGGCCGUGGCUGUGGAUGGUGUCAACGCCCUGUGGGGAAGAUCCACCAUCAAGAAGGAGGAUAAGAGCGCUGUGGAUCUGGAGGAGCUCACUUUGGUUUAUAACCUGAGGAAGCUGAUAAAGAAUGACUUGAUCGGAGGCGCCAUCAUCACAUCUCUGUCUCAGACCGGGUCUCUCUACACUUCGAAAUCUGACUACUUGCCUCAAGAGCUGCUGGGAGAGAGAGGGUUUGACAGCAUGGACCCGUUCAUCCCGGUGUCAGUGCCCAACUACAGUGAGAGAGAGUUUGAGAGCUGUUACCUCUACUACAUGGACCGCCACUGGCUACAGCAUCCACAGAGCCGAGCAGAGGAAGGGAAGAAAGAACUCAUAUUUUUGAGCAACAGAAAUCCAUGGAUGUUCGAAAAAAUUUGUGCCGCCUUAUGAAGUUACAGAGACUUAAAUCCUACACAUACACACACAUACACACACAUAUCAGUGUCCUAGAAAUACAUAAACAUACAAAUGUCUAUAAUGUCUAUAAAUUAUGAUGCAUGUGUGUUACUUUGAUAAUAAAAUGGUGACCAAAGUAAAAA